AUGGGGAAGAUCACUUUCUACGAGGACCGCGGCUUCCAGGGCCGCCACUACGAGUGCAGCUGUGACCACCCGAACCUGCAGCCCUACUUCAGCCGCUGCAACUCGGUGCGGGUGGACAGCGGCUGCUGGAUGCUGUAUGAGCAGCCCAACUAUGCGGGCAGCCAGUACUUCCUGCGGCGCGGGGACUACCCCGACUACCAGCAGUGGCUGGGCCUCAGCGACUCGGUCCGCUCCUGCCGCCUCAUCCCCCAC